AUGUUUGUCGCUCGCAAGGGAUUGCAACAAGUGGUGGCAACAACAGAUCUUCUGGAUGGCCUUUACUGGCUUCACACAGCUCAUCGAUUGGCCAAUGCGACAACAAACGGAUGCAACGGUGUCGACUUACAUGCGCGGAUGGGACACGCUCCAGUUGAUGUGCUUCGCAAAAUGGUGGCCACGAACAUGACCAAGGACGUAAAAGUACCUCUCACGUCAAGUGGAUCAAGCGCAUGCCGAGGAUGUCAACUAGGGAAAAUGGUCCAAAAACCAUUCCCAUGCAACAAGGACAAGCUCAGAUACGACACCUUCGAGCUACUUCACGUCGACAUCUGCGGACCCAUGAAGAUGAAUUCUCUGGGUGGCAGCAAGUAUCUACUGCUGAUCGUUGACGAAGCCAGUGGAUGCAUGAAGGGCUUCUGUCUACGUGUGAAGUCGGAAAGUGAAAACUACAUCACACGAUACAUCACGAUGGUGCAAGCGCAAUUUGGCAAGAAGGUCAAGCUCGUCUGA